UAAUUUUGGUAUAAAAGCUGAGAGCAAAGCACGGAAUGGCACACUUCUGAGUUCAUCAGAACGAGUCCAAGAUGUGGUCCCAACUUCUCUUGUGCUGUCUUAUCGGCUUCGCCGCUGCCUCCCAAAAUGGCUGGCAAAGCAAUAUGGAAUACGAAUACAAAGUGCAGGGUCGCACUUUCACUGCCCUGCCCGACAUCGCCAACCAGUACGCCGGUAUUGCGAUGAAGGCCAAGCUCAUCGUUCGCCCCGAAGGCGACGAGGUCCUCAUGGCCAAGAUCGCUAACGCCCAGUACGCCCAAGUUCACGCCAACCUUCCUGAAGGCUGGAAGAGCGACAUCCCCGAGAGGCAUCUGCAAUACAAGCAGUUGCAACUCAGCGAGAAGCCUUUCCAGAUCCUCCUCAAGAACGGCGUUGUUCGCGAUGUCAUCGUUGACCGUGACGUGCACAACUGGGAAGCCAACAUCAUCAAGGCCAUCGUCAGCCAGGUUCAGCUCGACACCCAGGGUGAGAACGUGAUCAAGGCUCACCUCAACCAGCUGCCCGAGGGUGAUGACAACUCCGCCGUCUUCAAGACCAUGGAGGACACCGUCACCGGCACCUACGAGACCCUUUAUGACAUCACCCCUCUGCCCGAGUAUGUUCUGCAAUCUCAACCCGAGCUUGUGCCCAUGCCCGAACUCAAGAAGAACGGCGAGGUCAUCGAGAUCAUUAAGACCAAGAACUUCAGCCGCUCCGAGGAGAACCUCGGCUACUACUACGGUCUGGGCGGUAUGGGUCAGUUCGAGCCCAACACCAACCAGAUGGGAGAUUUCUUCCUCCGCUCCGCCAUGUCCCGUGUGAUCGUUACCGGUUCUCUCAAGCGUUUUACCAUCCAGUCUGCUUCUACCACCAACAAGAUCAUCAUUGCCCCCACCCUCAACUCUGAGCAGAAGGGUAUGGUUGUUUCUCACUUGAAUCUGACCCUCCGCGCCAUGCAGCCCGCUUCCGGCAGCUUCGAGCAGCCUCAGCAGGGCCAGAAGCUCGGUUCUCUGACCUACACUUUCAACACCCCCUUCUCUGGCAACCACGAAGCCCGCCAGGGUGCCAAGCGCAGCCAGCAGGAGUACAUGUACUCUUCUGAGGAAGAUGACCAGCAGUACCGUCGCCAGCAGCACCGCCACCCCCGCUCUGUCCAGCAGUCCGAGGAAUCCGUCGAGUCCCAAGAGCAGUGGGCUCAGGAGGAGGCUAAACUUAACCAGCCCCCUCAGUCCCCUCUUCUUCCCCUCUACAUUGGUUACAAGGGCAAAUCCAUCAAGUCCGCUGACAAGAUCAACGUUGUCGAGGCCGCCCACAAGCUCGCCCAGAAGAUUGCCAAGGAGAUCCAGCAUCCCCAGGAAAUCCAGAAGGAACAGACCCUUGCUUCCUACGUUAUUCUUUCUUCCGUUGCCAAGAUCAUGAACGAGAAGGAGAUGCAGCAGGUUACCGACAAACUGUACACCAAGGAACAGCGUGGCCAGCAGGCUGAAGCCUGGUACGCCUACCGCGACGCCAUCGCCGAGGCCGGCACCGGUCCCGCUCUUCUCACCGUCCAGCAGUGGAUUGACUCCAAGAAGAUCCAGCACGAGGAAGCCGCUGAGGUCGUCGCUGUUAUGGCUGAUUCUGUCCGCCAGCCCACCGACAAGUACAUCCGCGCUUUCUACCAGCUUGCCAUCAAGAACGAGCAGGUUCAGCGCCAACACAUCCUCAAUGACACCGCCAUCCUUUCCUUCACCCGUUUGGUCCGCAAGGUUAUUGUCGACAAGUUGGUUGCCCACAACCAAUACCCCGUCCACUCUUUCGGCUCUUUCCGCACCCAGGAAGGCCAGCAGUUUGUUGCCCAAGAACUGAUCCCCCAUCUUAAGGAUCAGCUUCACCAGGCCGUCAAGGAGGCUGACUCCCACAAGGUUCUCGUUUACAUCCGCGCUCUCGGCAACGUCGCUCACAAGGAGAUCCUCGCUGUCUUCGAACCCUACCUUGAGGGUGAGAAACAAUGCUCUCAGUUCCAGCGCAUGCAGAUGGUGCUCGCUCUUGACAAACUUGUCAAGACCCACCCCAAGGUCGCUCGCUCCGUCUUGUACAAGAUCUACCAGAACGCUGGUGAGGAACAGUACGUUCGUGUCGCCGCUGUCUACCAGCUGAUGCGCACCGCUCCCCCCGCGUCCAUGCUUCAACGCAUGGCUGAGUACACCAACAUCGACACUGACGAGCAGGUCAACGCUGCCGUCAAGGCCACCAUUGAGACCGCUGCCCAGCUUGAAGGUGCUGAGUUUGAGGAGCUCGCCUCCAACGCUCGCGCCGCCCAGCCCCUGCUCACCAAGAACACCUAUGGCAUCCAGUACAGCCAGAACUUCCUCCGCUCCUUCGUCGCCAAAGAGAUGAACCUCUUCUACAAGCAGACCGCUCAGAUCUACGGCAGCCACGACUCUGUCAUGCCCAAGGGCUUCAAAUACGCUCUUCGCGCCGGUCUUGGUGGCGCCCGCCGCCAGCUCAUCAACGUCCAAGGCAUGGUCUCUUCCGUUGAGGAGCUCACCAACGUCUUCCAGCGUCAGUCCCACCAAUACCAGAAGCACCAGGAGCAGCAGCAGCAAGGCUUCCAGCAGGCUAAGCAGCAGAAGUGGUCCGCUGAGUACAUCGCCGAGAAACUGAACAUCAAGAACCCCGAGCGCGAGCAACUGGAGGCUGACCUCCUGGUCCAGCUUGCCGGUGGCGUCACCCGCUACUUCGCCAUCAACAACCAGACCAUUGAGAUGUUGCCCCAGCUUCUCCGCCAGGUCGAGGACAUGCUCCGCGAAGGCGAGGACUUCCACUACACCAAGUACAUUAACCGCAACGACGUUGCCAUCAGCUUCCCCACUGAAAUGGCUCUGCCCUUCGUUUACACUCUUGACGCUCCUACCCUUCUGCACUUCCAGGGCAAGAUCCGCGCCACCGCCGAGCCCAAGAUGUCCAACGGACAAGCUAUCCGCAUGCCCGAGACCAUCACCGCUCACGCCGAAAUCCGCGCUCUUGUGUCCGCUCGUCUUCAGGCUAAGAUCGGCUUUGUCACUCUCGACCACCAGCAAUACAUUGCCGGUUACGACAAGAAUGUGCAGAUCAACCUGCCCAUCAAGUCCCAGUACGAAAUCGAUCUGAAGACUCAGCAGGUUCAGGCUCAGUUCCAGCCCAUUGAGCAAGACAAGAACGUCCAGGUGUUCCACUACAGCUCCUGGCCUUACACCGCUAAGCACGACAUCCUCUCUCUGGAACCUGUCGCCCAGGGCCCUCACACCAAGAUCAUCUACGCCGAGCAGCAGCCCCAGAGCCAGUUCAACCAGCUCGUCGGUAAGCAGACCGGUAUGGCUUUCCGCGUCCAGUACAUCUCCGAGCAGAAGUUCGCUGACUCCAUGUGGGCCUACGAACAGCUCCAGCGCCAUAACGGCGAUGCUAUCGCUUUCCUCCUUGCUCCCCUCUACGACGAAACUAUCCAGCACACCAAGGCUGAAGUAACCUACGAUGCCCAGGAAUCCUCCGCCCGCAAGGUGCAGAUGCGUCUUGGCUACGAAUCCGAGUACCAGCAAGAGCAGGGUCACGGUAACGCUGAGGUUUCUCAGUUCGCUCAGCUGCCCCGCGAGUCCAAGGCUCGUCAGCAGCAGUUCGCCAAGAUUGCCUCCGCCGGCAUCGCUUCCUCCACCGCUCGCGUCGUUGACCUGUCUGUCGAGUUUGACGGUCACAACAAGGCUGAAUACGUUGCCACCGCUGCCAUCGCUUCUUCUCCCGUCGACGAGAAGGCCCGUGCCCUCUUCUACUACAAGAAGCACGCCGCCCAGCAGUCUUACGAAGUUGCUUUCUCCGCCAAGGCUCACAUCCCCAACACCAACGGUCUUGACUACCAGUACGCCCUCCAGUUCGACCCUACCACCACCGCCCAGGCUGAGCUUGCCUUCGGUCAAGACCUCCAGUCUGCCACUAAGGUUCAGCUUCACGCUAAGCUCCAAAAGAGCGAAACCCGCAAGCAGUACCUUAAGAACUCCGAGCGCGCCCAGGAGUGCCACGAAGAGAUGAAGCAGGGCAACAAGCAGCUGCCCGCCUGCGCCAACAUGACCGCCGAGGCCAACCUUCUUGACCGCGUCAACGUGCACGUGCAAGUUGAGCAUCUCUCCGCCAAGGCCCGCAACGCCACCCAGAAGAUCUACAACGCUCUUCGCGCUUACGGCUACUACAACCUUGACGAGAACACUGUUGAUCCCCAGACCAACGAGAAGGACAACCAAAUGACCAUCCAGGCCCGUUUCGAGCCCGACUUUGAGGCUGUCAACGUAACUAUCCGCACCCACAAGAUGGAGUCUCACUUUGACCAAAUCCGCGUCAACCAGUGGGCUAAGCAAGUCUUUGGAUUCCACCCCGUUUUCCGCAUGACCGACCGCGUGAUGUCUGAGGCUCUUGAGCUCGACACCUACCGUCCCAUCUGCGUCGUUGACCAGACCGCCGCCAACACCUUCGACAACAAGACCUACCGCGCCGACCUCGGCAAUGCCUGGACCGUGAUGAUGCAGUACGUUCCCCAGUUCGCUCGCGCCAGCCGCCACCAGGAACGUUACUCCCAGCAGCAGGAGGAGCAGCAACUCGAACAGUACUCCGUUCUUGUUCGCGAUGCCUCCAACGGCCAGCAGAAGGAAGUUAAGAUGACCAUCCGCACUCACACCGAGGGCCAGACCAUCGAGAUUGAUCUUAAGCCCCAGGGUCAGUGCGGUGACAACAAGCAAUGCGCCAAGGUCGUUUACAACGGCCAGGAGAUCCAGUACGACAACAAGAAGGUUCGCGACAUCAUGCACGGCCUUGUCAAGGUCUACGCUCUUCCCGACGGUGACGUCAAGAUUGAGGUCCGUCAGGCCUACUACAUCAUCUAUGAUGGCGAGCGCGUCAAGCUCACCGCCACCCACGACAAGCUCCGCGGCUCCGUCCGUGGUCUCUGCGGUACCUACACCGGCGAAUACGCCACCGACUUCCUUGCCCCCGAAUACUGCAUCUACGAGAACGAGGAUGCCUUCGUCGCCGCCUACCAGGUUGAGCAAGCCGAGGGUCGCCAAGGUCGCUACAACUACAAGCAGCAGGGCAAGCAAAGCCAAACUGAGUGCGUAAAGCCCGAGAUCCAGUACGCCAAUGUCAUCUCCGAGCAGGAUGCCGGUCGCGCCCACCAGCAAUACCACAGCCGCCAGCAGCAGCAGUGGCAACAGCAUCACGGCAAGAACGCCCACGCCCGUGGUCAGAACGGUGAUGGCCAGGAGUGCCUUACCCACCAGACUCAGUACAAGGUGAUCGAGAGCGACGAUGAAAUCUGCUUCACCAUCCGCCCCCAGCCUGUGUGCCGCAAGCACUGCAACGUCGAGCGCAUGUCCACCAAGAAGGUGCCCGUGCACUGCGUCGCCAAGUCUUCCGUCUCCAAGCUGUGGAAGCAGCAGAUCGAGAACGGCGCCAGCCCCGACUUCUCCCACAAGUCCGUCUCCAAGGACAUUUCCAUGGAGAUCCAGACCUCUUGCACCCGCUAUUAAACAUUUAGAUGGGUGAGGGGAGAAACUUCUCAAAACCACCACCUUGAAUUCUAGAACUCUUUAAAUUACAAGCAUCCCAAAAAUGUAAAAAAAAAUAAAACAAUUUAAAAAAAACAUAUUGAAUUUGUACAACCAAACAACCUAUCUAAAAUUUGCAGGACAACACAUAAACUACACAGAGAAAAUAUUAUAUAUCUUUAUUCUGAAUAACUAUCGUAUCAGACUACAUAUUUACAUCAACAAUGAACAAAAUCAAAAACAAAUAUUUGCGUGUCGUGUCAAUUUAUAACUUCACACUUCAUAUGUUGUCAUAUUUUCAAAUGCAACAAAGGAACGUAUAUCAUUGGUAACUUUAGGGCCAAAAAAAGAGAUGGAUUUGUUUGGCAAUAUAAAUAUUAUAAUAAUAAUAUGAUGUUGGAUAUUUUCUGUUUAUGCAACGCAAAGUAGAUUCAUAUUAUCUGUUGAUAAGCUCGUUCACCAACUGACAAUCGAUUUAUUACAAAUGCCAUGAUUAUGCCAUAUUUCAACAAUUUGAUGUAUGUUUUUGCGUGCCAAAAAUUCUCAGCGCCGAUAAGGCACCAGAACCGGAACGUAAAUAAGAACGCAUCAAUUUUCGAAAAUAUUUAUGAAAAACAACGAUACAACGUAUAAAUAAAGUACGAUAAUAAAUUAAGAAAAAAAAA